AUGCAAGUUUGACAGUAAGAGCCUAAGGAUCGUUGGAUUGGGCAACAAGGGUCAUGUCCGUCUUGUAUCACUGUCCUCACCUGGACGAAUCACGUCGACCACCUCUUCCGUCGUCCUACCCCUCGUCCUCCACCUCGUUCACCCCACUCCAUUCGCUCUACUUUUGCGAAGAAUGUGAUGGGGUCAGGUGCAAUCAAUGCGUAGCAGUAGAAGUGGCCAGCUACUACUGUCCAAACUGCCUGUUCGACGUACCUAGUGCCAACGUCAGAGGUGAUAGAAACAAGUGUAACCGUUCGUGCUAUGCUUGUCCACAGUGUGCGACAGCUCUCCAGAUCCAACCUACGGAAAAGAUGGAGAAUGAUCAAAUGAUCUCUGGCGCUCCGUACUCCCUCAUAUGUACAGGAUGUAGAUGGUCAAGUAAGACUAUAGGCUGGGAAUUUGACAAGGCGACAGGUAUAGCCUCCCAAUUGGCCAAGCUCGAUCCGGGUCAAGCUGCAAAAACAGAGUUCGAAGCUAUAAAGGAUCACCUGGAAACAUACAUGUCUUCAUCGAACCCUGAACCAAUACGCACAUCGUCCAAGGUUCCCACUCGACACAUCUCACAUCUCACUCAAAUGGCUGCCAAGGCUCUACAUAGAGAUGUUCCGGGGCUGGCAGCCGCCAAAGCAAAGGGCAAGGUCAGAGCGACUGCAGGAUCUCGAUCUGGUGGUCUGGAGAAGGCUCAUACGAAAUGGGACGAGUUGAGCGAUUACGUCGCUAAAGACGCUUGGAGAGGAGGUAACGAUUCGCUCGGAAUCGAUCAAUUGAGCGAGAUGGAGAGACCCGAAGUAGCGGCUCUGAGUAAGAGGUGGUGUUCCAGCUGGGGUAGAUCAAGCCUUUCCUCCUCCGUACUGCCUGAUCGCAUUCUUUUACAUACCAAACUCACCAAACGCUGUCCACAUCCUUCUUGUCGACAUCUGUUGAUUCAGCCGGACGCCAAAUCAGUCAGGUUCAAGAUCAAAAUGGUCGCUUUGAACUACUUACCAGCGGUGGAGAUUGGUCGUCGGAGAAGGAGACAGGAUAAAGGCCCUGGAUCGACCCCAAUGGCGCCGGAGGAGAUUGAACAGAGACAAAGAGAGAGACGGCGGACGAAAGCGAAAGCAGGGGACGAGGAAGAUGAAGAGAUGGACAAAGCUCUCGAGCGAGGCGCAGUGUAUGUGUAUCAACUGGCUUUCACAAAUCCCCUCUAUGAUCCCAUUCAAAUUCGAUUGACUCAACCUUAUCCACCAAAAGAUGCCCCGCCAAUCAAUCACCAUGUUCAUAUACCGACUCAGCAUUUCACAGUCUCCGCACUUAAGGAAGCAUGGGCCUACGACGAAGACGAUGAGGAUGACGACCUGCCAGGUUUGGAAGGCGCUUCGGAAGUACCAAGCGACGAAGGCGUCAGUACGGUUGGAGGUACACUUGGCAGGCGGAAUCGUAUCAGUACGCUGGGCACGACAUCGAGCGGGUUGAGGGAAAAGCGCGCCAGAGGAGAGACGGGUGUUGAAAAGAAGGCGAACAUGACCAAAGUCCUGCUCGAGGUGGAGGUGCUACCUGAUGCAAAGGGUGAUGUGACGUUUGAUCUUGAAGUUCGAUACACGUACCGAGCGGAUGCACCUGCUCCCAACAAAGAGGAACCGACGAGCAAAUCAUCGCCAAAUGAUGAGCUCAAGACGUUCACCUUUUGGGUAAGGUUGAACGUUGGGAAAGUAGCCUAGGCUGGGAUCAAUCGUAGU